AAAAGAAAGAGAGUAGAAAUAAAAUACGAUAAAGCCAAGAGGAUAAAUAAAUACUCAAUUGUAUUUAUUCAAAAAAGCAAUUAUAUCAAUAAUGGAAAAUAUUAGUGAUAAAUUUUUUUACGUGUACAGUUCGUCUUUAGAAACAAGAAUACAAAUUAAAAUAGGAACUUUAGAAGGCAAGAGACAAAGACCUGAGUAUGAUAAAUUGUUGUUAGAUCCUAUGAUCAAGUAUUCUGGUGUAUAUGAGUCUGGAAGUGGAAAAGGUGAUUUAGCAGCUUCCUUACAAAUCUGGGGUGGUGGUAGACCACUAGCAUUACCGGUUCAUACGGCCUACAAACAUUUUCCUACUCGGUGGAAUUGGAAUCAGUGGGUAACACUUCCAAUAUCUUAUUCAGAUCUGCCUAGAGAUGCUCAAUUAUGCGUCACAAUUUACGAUUGUGCAGGACCAGGUCGUCAAAUUCCAAUAGGAGGUACGACAAUAUCUCUUUUUGGUAAACAUGGUGUCUUUAGACAGAGAAUGAUGGAUCUCAGAGUGUGGCCUGGAGUAGAAGCUGAUGGUUCUAAUUCUUCAACAACACCUGGUAAAGCUCGUGAUUACGGCAAAGAACAGAUGCAAAGGUUAGCCAAGUUGGCUAAAAAAAGAAGAAAUGGUCAAAUGUCAAGGGUUGAUUGGUUAGAUAGAUUAACAUUUCGUGAAAUAGAACUGAUUAAUGAACGUGAAAAACGUGCUUCUGAGUAUCUUUAUUUAACCAUUGAAUUUCCAGAAGUCACAAUGGACGGUAUACCUUACUCUAUUGUUUAUUAUGAAAAAGAUGGUGAUGAAGUAGUUCAACAUCGAUCACAACCAGAUGUUGUUACGAUUCCGGACUAUGAAAUACUCCAGGAGAAUUUAGUUGAAGCUAAGCAUCAUAAAUUAGCACGUAGUUUACGUAGUGGUGGGAAUACUAGGGAAGUCAAACCAACUUCAAGUGUCAGGGAUGCUCUUAAUAUUAUUAUGGGAUAUCCACCAACAACUGCAUUAUCAACAGAGGAGCAAGAUUUAAUCUGGAAAUUCCGAUAUUAUUUGUCGACACAGAAAAAAGCGUUGACUAAAUUUGUCAAGUGUGUUAAUUGGAAAGUAGCUGGUGAGGAAAGACAAGCAUUAGAAAUGCUAGCUAUCUGGGCACCACCUGAUCCAGAAGAUGCUUUGGAGCUUUUAGGACCAGCUUUCACUCAUCCUGCUGUGAGAAGAUAUGCUAUUAGACGAUUAAGUCAAGCUCAUGAUGAUGAUUUAAUGCUUUAUUUACUUCAAUUAGUGCAAGCUCUAAAGUACGAAAAUUUUGAAAGUAUCAAGGCAGCUAAUGUUAAAAUAUUAAAAGAUCAUGAAAAAUCAGAUCGACUUGAGAGAGAUAAGAAUGAUUCUUCUUCCACUCCGAUGUCUACUUCAAGCGAGUCUGAAGCUUGCCAUUCAUCAUCUAGCCAAGAAUCUCCAAUGGAUCUUGCAUCAUUCUUGAUAACUCGAGCUUGCCAAAAUUCAACACUAGCUAAUUAUCUUUAUUGGUAUUUAUCUAUUGAAUGUGAGGAUCAGCCAGAUCCAGCAGUGACUGUUAAACAAGACACGAGGUUUAGAGAGAUGUAUGUAACAGUGAUGAAAAUGUUCUCCGUUGCUUUAUCACAAGGCAAUGCUGUUUGGCAAAAACGUCGAGCUUUUUUGAGUCGCCAGAAAUUAUUUAUCGAUCAAUUAGUGGCUCUAGUGAAAACUGUUGCUCGAGAAAGUGGCAAUCGAAAGAAAAAAACUGAUCGUUUAAAAGGUUUGCUAUCUGAUCCUGAACCAACAUUUAAAAUCAACUUCUCUAACUUCGAGCCUAUUCCUUUUCCAUUGGACCCAGAAAUUUGUAUUAAAGGAAUUAUUCCAGAAAAAGCUAGUCUCUUUAAAUCAGCUCUGAUGCCAUCAAAAUUGACCUUUUUGACCACGGAAAACACUGAAUAUAUUGCAAUAUUUAAAUAUGGUGAUGAUUUAAGACAAGAUCAAUUGAUUCUACAGACAAUUGCGUUGAUGGAUAAGCUUUUAAGACGUGAGAAUUUAGAUUUAAAGUUGACUCCUUAUAGAGUGUUGGCUACCAGUACUAGGCAUGGAUUUCUUCAGUUUAUUGAAUCAACAACAGUGGCUGAUGUUUUAACAAGUGAAGGAUCAAUUUUGAAUUUUUUUAGGAAAUAUCAUCCAUCAGAAACUGCUCCUUAUGGUGUUGCACCAGAAGUUAUGGACACUUAUGUUCGAAGCUGUGCUGGUUAUUGUAUUAUAACAUACGUACUUGGUGUUGGAGAUCGACAUCUAGAUAAUUUAUUGCUCACAACUUCAGGAAAACUUUUUCACAUAGAUUUCGGUUAUAUCCUAGGUAGGGAUCCAAAACCAUUGCCACCUCCAAUGAAACUUAGCAAAGAAAUGGUCGAAGCCAUGGGCAACGUUGGCUCUGAACACUAUCAUGAAUUCAGAAAACACUGUUACACAGCUUUUUUACAUCUCCGACGUCAUGCCAAUCUCAUAUUAAAUUUAUUUUCUCUAAUGGUGGAUGCCAGUGUUCCUGACAUUGCUCUAGAACCUGAUAAAGCUGUCAAAAAAGUCCAGGACAAAUUGAGAUUAGAUUUAAGUGAUGAAGAAGCUGUCCAUUAUGUUCAGAAUCUUCUUGAUCUUUCAGUAACUGCUGUCAUGGCUGCCUUAGUUGAACAACUUCAUAAAUUCGCUCAGUAUUGGCGAAAAUAAAUUUAUAAAAAUAUAUUUAUAUAUAUUUUUGUUAAAUUUUAAGACUGGAUUAAUUAAAUUAUCAAAUCAAUUACAUAUUGUGGACAUUUUUUUCUUAUUUAAGUAAUAAA